GGAAUCCCCGGCUUCUGGGGCGACGAGUAACCGGGCCGGGCGCCGAGUGUGCGGGCCGGGAAGGAGCGGAGAGCGGCUCCUCGGGCGCCGGGCUCCAUCGGCCGCCGCAGCCCCGCGGGGAGCCCUUCCGUGCGGGCCCGCGGGCACCCUGCUGUGGGCACCUGCGGGGCGCGCGGCAGCAUGAAGGUCACGUCGCUCGACGGGCGCCAGCUGCGCAAGAUGCUCCGCAAGGAGGCGGCGGCGCGCUGCGUGGUGCUCGACUGCCGGCCCUACCUGGCGUUCGCCGCCUCAAGCGUGCGCGGCUCGCUCAACGUCAACCUGAACUCGGUGGUGCUGCGGCGGGCGCGGGGCGGCGCGGUGUCGGCGCGCUACGUGGGGGAUAUGAGACCUUCUAUUCAGAAUAUCCUGAGUGUUGUGUGGACGUAAAGCCCACGUCACAGGAGAAGAUCGAAAGUGAGAGAGCCCUCCUUAGCCAGUGUGGAAAACCCGUGCUGAGCGUCAACUACAGGCCAGCCUAUGACCAGGGCAGCCCAGUCGAAAUCCUUCCCUUCCUCUACCUUGGAAGUGCCUACCAUGCAUCCAAGUGCGAGUUCCUCGCCAACCUGCACAUCACAGCCCUGCUGAAUGUCUCCCGCCGGACCUCAGAGGCCUGCACAACCCAUCUACACUACAAGUGGAUCCCUGUGGAAGACAGCCAUACCGCUGACAUUAGCUCCCACUUUCAGGAAGCAAUAGACUUCAUCGACUGUGUCCGGGAAAAGGGAGGCAAGGUCCUGGUCCACUGUGAGGCUGGGGUCUCCCGGUCGCCCACUAUCUGCAUGGCUUACCUCAUGAAGACCAAGCAGUUCCGCCUGAAGGAGGCCUUUGAUUACAUCAAGCAGAGGAGGAGCGUGAUCUCACCCAACUUCGGCUUCAUGGGCCAGCUCCUCCAGUACGAAUCUGAGAUCCUGCCUUCCACGCCCAACCCCCGGCCUCCCUCCUGCCAAGGGGAGGCGGCAGGCUCCUCAUUUAUAGACCAUUUGCAGACUUUGAGCCCUGACAUGCAGGGCGCUUACUGCGCAUUCCCUACCUCGGUGCUGGCACCAGUGCCCCCGCUCUCGACGGUCACGGAGCUCCACAGGAGUCCUGUGGCCACAGCCACGUCCUGCUGAGACUUGGAUGGGGUCCCGGCCCAGCCCCAGGAGCAACUGUGACUUUGUUCAAGUUUGUGGACAUUUCAUUCCUGUGCACUACUGAAGACCUCUCUCUGUCACACUGCCCCACUGAGGCAGUGAGGGGCCCGCAGGCUUGCAGCACAGAUGAACUUCAGCCUGACCUCGAGGACAGGUCCUUGGGACCGAAGGAAGGCCAAGCCAUUAGGGUAGCACAGUGUGUGCUCACUACUGUACUUCCAGACCCCCUGCCCUCUCAGGACGGCCCAGUCCUCGCACCUCAGAAUUCGCCUUUUCAUUUCAAGCAUAAGGCAAUAAAUACCUGCAGCAACGUAGCGGGGAGAAGUUGCUGGACUAGGAGAAAAGGCAGUUACAAAGCCAAUUCAUCCUGAAGGAAGCACAAUUUCCACCUUAUUUUUUGAACUUUGGCAGUGUCCGUGUCUGUCUUUGUUGCUUUAGGGCAUAAGCUGAUCCCCGCCAUGUCAGGAGAGCAACCCUCUUGGGUUUGUAGGGAUACGACGUGUAUGCCAGUGGAAACCCUGAAAUGUUUUAGGGGUUCUUUUUGGACCCAGGGGAGGCAACUGAUGGAAGGUGCCAGAUGUUGACUCUCCUGGGUGUCUUUUUCGCUGUGGGUUUCUCCCCUGACCUUGGACUUUGGCAUGAUUCUGACUCCUACUUGAACCUGUCUCCUUGCGUCUCUCUUGGGAGCAACUGGUGUCAUGUGCAAAGUUUUCAGACCAUAAACUAAAAUCACCUCUUUGAGGUGGUGGCAGUGGGUGCCUGGAGAAGAGAGAGCCCACUGUGUGUUCCAGAUCAGUGGCACUGAAAACAGUCACUCUUCGCCUGCUGUGUCCCUCUGUGUGCUUGUGUCUCAUCUCUUGUGACACUUAUUUUUCUCCCUGCCCCUGGGGUUAUCUUCAAGCUACUGACUUCUGGGAUUUACAGAUUUUGCAGUGUGGUACUUCCUUUCGGUUUAGGUUAUUUCUCCAGGGGAAAAGGCAAUAAUUUCCUAAAACCCAUGUGAAUGUGAAGAAAAGCAGUAUGUUACUGAUUGUCCUUGUUGUUUUUUUAUAGUGCAAAAUAAAAAUAGUAAGAUGAAAGCA